UUAUAUAGAGAACCCAAAUCCCAAAACAAGAGAGUAGUACAUAUCAAUUCUAUAUAUUUUUCCAGUUCAGCUCUCUCUCUGUCUCUCUCUCUCUCUCUUCAUCAGAUGGAGCAUACAUAAGAGAAGCCAUUUGGAGUUUGUUUGUAGAGGGAGGCUAAAGAAUGAACAUAUCAACUUCUGAAUGCAGUAGUGGGUGUGAAUCUGGUUGGACUAUGUACUUAGACCAGUCCUCAAAUUCUGCAGAUCAAUGCGACAGAGUCGGUUUUCCAAUCAAUGAUGAAGAUUGUAGAAGCAAAGGUGAAAAUGUGGUCGAGGAAGAGGAAGAAGAAGAUGAGGACUUGUCCAUGGUGUCUGAUGCAUCAUCAGGGCCUCCACAAUUCCAUGAAAAUGGAGACUUCUUUUAUGAUACUAGUAGUCAUUUCUGCUUUGCUUCUUCAACUUCUGAACAAGCCAAUAAGAGAAAACAGAAAACUAGAAUAAAAAAUGGUGUGAAACAACAAAAUUCAUAUCUUGAUGAUACUGCCAGCUCCCCUUUCUUGAGCUUUUCCAAGAAGAACAUUGAUCUAUCCAACAAUGAAGCUUCAAUGAGGGGUGUCCAGGGUGUUUCUCAAGACUCCUCUGCCACACAUUCUAAGGGAAAAUCUGCACUAAAAAAGCACUUUGGUUUCUUGAAGUCCUCAGGGCCUGGUAAAGAAGUUUCUGGAAAAUCAGGUGGUUUGCAGGGAAGAAAAUGGCAGUGAGAAAUGGCAAUAGUCUUCUGUCUCCUCUGCUGCUGCAGUUGCUCGAGAGAGAGAGAAUUGGGGAUGUAAAAAAAAAAAAGGGCACCAGAUUUCUAAGGAUCUUUAUUUCUUUCUUUUCUAUUCAAUCUUUGUUCUUGUUAUUUGUUCCUGUCUAUGCAGUGGGAAACAACCUGAGACCAUAAAUGUAAAACAAUUUCCUUUUGUUUAUUAUUCUCUUUCUGUG